UUGUUCUUCGUUCAUCACUUGAUUGGAAGAUUAUAUACAGUUGAUUAUUUAAUACUGUAGUUGGAAAUACUUCUUCGUAAAAUCAUCUGUUUCUGUUUUAAAAAGAACUACCAUCGAACAUUUGUCAUAGCUAAAUCAAACAGUUGGAAUAAACACAAAAGAUUUUCGGAUAAUUUUAAUGUAAGCAUUUGAGUUUUUACGUGCAGACGUUGGAUAUUUGGUAACUUGAUGUUGGACUUACUAGUUUCAUCAUUUACUCCAUUGUGUGCGUUUUCCUUUCUUGGGGCAUUUAGAAUCCUGCAAGCAAGAUAGCCUGUCUUUUUCGUAUUUUUAAGUGGCUUCAUGAAUGUGUGCCCAACAUUCUGACCUUUUAGUUCUGUACGUUUUUAAUCCUUUCUGGUCAUGUCGCCUGCAGGAUUGCGAACUUUCUUGAAUUACAACACAGCAUGCUUGAACAUUAUGUCGUGAGUAUAUUACUAUAUUGAUCGCGUUACAAACGAGAAUGAAUCGUAUUUUAUUCAGUGAUAUUUUUUUUUAAAUACAGGAGCACUUUGCUUUGUUCAUCUCCUUAAUGGAAGAUAAUAAAUAGAGUAGAGAGUUAUUAUGUAAAUAAUUCUCGUAAAACCAUCUGUUUCUGUUUGCAAAAGAACUACAAUCGAACCUAUGUUUUAAUAGCAGAAAACAAACUGUUGGGAUAAACUCGGAUUAUUUUAUAUCGGCAAUGGGAUUUUUAUGUGAAGAUGUGGGAUAUUUGGUAGGUGAUGUUGGUCUUACUAGUUUCAUUAUUACUCCAUUGUGUGCGUUUUUCUUUCAUGGUGCAUGGUUAUUAUUUGACUUGUUGCUCUUACCAGUACAGUCUAACCUCAGUCUGAUGUUACAGAUAUUUGUUGCUCUGUUGUAUAUGGUCACAUGCAACUCUACUGCUGACCGCCUGGACCAAGUUGCCAAUAUUGAACAAUCAAAUAAAACCGUUGUUAUCACCAAACUAUACUACUAUGUGGCGGCCGUUGUUGUGGUUUGUAUUUGGCGAGGAAUUUGGGGCAUAUUAGAUUUAAAUAUAGAAACCUCUCUGGUUUUAAAACCAAUUGUAGGGCUUUUAAGUCUUGUUGUGUUAAUUGUGUCUCGAAAUGUUUCCAACUUGAUAUUUCCUCCGGGAAGAAUAUCUCAAGACAAGCAAACUGAACCAUUUCAUGUGUUCCAUUCCCGUCUCCAAUCACAAGCAUGUACAUGUAGGAAUACAUUUAAAUGUUUUAUGAUAUACGUUAUAGAUAUUAUCGUAUCGUAUGGAUUUAUAAACACAUCGUACGCUGCUGUUUGGUGGACUGCUUUUACUUGUGAAGAUGAACUUCUGUUUCCUGACAAUAUUAAACUAUCUGCAACAGUAUGUGUUAUUUAUGGUUAUGUGACGUAUUUAAUCCAGCUUCCAAUUAGAGCAAUGAUUAUGCGGGUUUCUUUUGAUCAGAUCGACAACUCUUUCUACUUGAAGUUAUUUCUUUAUCAGUUUCUAAAUAUAUCAUUUUCAUUUUCUACAAUGAAUAUAUGGAGAGGAAUUUUGAAUUUGAGUGAUGUCUACAUUUAUCCAGAAACUGUAUGGAAAAGAGCUGUCAUUCUACAUGUCCUCGGUUCCAUGGGCCUAGCUUUUCUUGGAGUAUCUCGGUCGAUGGCAGUAGUCAAGUUCGAAGACGAUGGAGAUGUGCAAUGUUUACAACGAAACAAAUUCUUACAGUUACAAAUGCGCCGUGAUGUUGUACAUCAGGAGGAAGAGACAUUCAGUUUGCUUAAUUUGGAAAAAUAAUAAAAUAACAGGCAGUACUGUAUUUGCCAACUCGGCCAUAAACCAACUCGGACUGGGAUCAGAUUAAUACGAACCAUACCUAACUGAGACCAAGCCAACUUGGAGUUGAACCAAACUAGCUCGAACCAAAAUCCAACUCAGAUCACCGUCAACUCCAAUAAGAUAAUAAAUAUAGUACAAAAGAAGAACACUUUAUAGCAGACAGUUGGAGUGGAAUAUAUUUUAGAAGGCGGACGUCAAUAACCUUGAUCUAUUAAUUCAAGCAAACGGCGAAUCGCACAAAUCUUUAGAGGUGGAAAUUUUAGUCAUCAUUGUCAGGUUGACAACAACUACAGUAUUAUAAUAAAUGCGCUCCGAUCUACAGUUUAUUUAAUAGUCCUGGUUGUUAAUUAAUUUGUUUAAAGGGCCAAAUUAUUGUUAUAAUUGAUCUUACGGGCCAAAGAUAAUCUCCGCCGAGUUCCUAUUUGAAAAUUUCUUUCUUUCUUUUUUUUUUGGCAAUUUCAAAUUAUAGUACUAGGCCUAUGCCAGCGGUUAUGACCUGUGACGUGUGGACAUGUCGUCAGUUUAACAGUCGUAAGUUAUCUUUUGUGGGUCGCUUUAUCAUUGUAAUUAAUCACAGUAUAAAAACCUAUCGUACGCUUCCAUUCUCGACAUAUUACUUUUCUGAAAAUACAAAACGUUUUCUGGAUUGACAGAGUAGACCUAUAUACGCAUAGGAAUAUCUAAAUGUAUUUUUGUAACUUUUUAUUACUCAUGUAAACUAAAGAAAGCUAUUAACGAAUCACAGUGAUCUGAACAAUACAUAGACGGAAAUUGGCGGCACAAAAGUCGGUGUAUAAUGUACUGUACAUGACUUUUUUUUAAAGAAGGCUAUUGACGAAAACCAGUGGACAAAACAAACAACAUAGAAAAAAAUGUUGCGGUACAGGGAGUCUGUAUGACUUGAACUUCGAAAAGUAUUUUUAUAAGCCAUGUUCUGGUUUAUUAACUGUCGAUUAUGCAAAAUCAAGUACUGUACCAAUUAUUGACGAUGUAUCUAGAAUAACCUCCAUUUAGUUGUGUUUACGUCAAUGAUUAACAAUGGGCUUCUACCACGGGUCUCUGGUAUCAAGACUCUGCAAUAUUACAAUCUUAAUAUGUCUAUGAUAAAGUUUUUUCUUUCUUAAUGGACUGAUAUAUCAAACUUGGUAGAGCUAAUAUUUAAAACAAAUCUUGAGAGGUUUUUGGUAGUUCUGGUUACGAGGUUUAAUUUUAGAUCUAUCGCUUGUACAGUCUUAAAUAUUGUAGUGUGUUUACAAACUAGGCCCGUAAGUCAUAUUCGAUGGAAGUUGUGUAUUUGCUAGCGAAGCGAGCCUAGAGUUGGUGCCUGGGCCGGUAAGGCCACUGGCAGGGUCCGAGAAAAAACCUCUGGUGAGGUCCGGGUGAAAAGCCUCCCAAAGUCCGACAUCGAAAAAGUAGGCUAGCAUUUUGUUUUGUUGCCUUAUUUAUUGAAUCUCUAAAACCUAUUAAUUGUGAAAACUUUAUAAAAUGUUAAUUCAUUUGUGUGUACGGAAUGCCAUCACUGCGUUCCUGAGCAUUAAAUAAGUCUUUCAAUGCCAAUGUAAUUUGUAACAGUAUACAUUUGGUGAAGUAUAAUUAAAUUACAGAUUUCUUUUAUUUCCAACGAGAUUUGUGAUGUUUACAACACAAGAAGUAGACUUACCUCAUGUUUAUAGACCCCAUUCAAUGUUUACAUUGCGACGGCUGAAACGCUGAAAACAUAUUUUUAACACAACAGAAAAAAAAGGUGACCAGUAUCCUAAUUUCCCGUGCAUGACCUAUACUGGAUGAAUCUUUUGCCUACCAGUGGAGUGCCCCGCUGGAGUCUAUUGAAAUACCAAAAAGAACAAUAUUAAUGAAAACAAAAUCUUCCAAAUAAAAUGCUCUGUAAAUAUAAUACAUCAUAUUUUACAUAACAAAAUAUUUUGAGUUUAAUAAAAAUGCACAUUUAGUGUUCACAAA